AUGGAAGAGAUUCUUAUGAGCGGUGCAACAGGAAUCCUAAAAAAACUGGUGGGUGUUGUCUCCAAAGACAUCGGUUUGGCUUUGGAUGUCAACGAUGACUUGAAGAAGAUUCAAACAACCUCGGAAAUGAUUCUCGCUGUGAUUGCCGACGCGGAGAGGAGGCAAGAGAAGGAAGAACUUGUAAGACUUUGGUUACGAAGGCUCAAGGAUAUUGCUUAUGACGCUGAUGACGUGAUUGAUGAGUUCUGUUAUGAGGACAUGCGUCGCCGUGAUAGAGAGGAUAGCUUGACGCAUAAGGUAUUGAAUUUCACUUCAUCUUCAAACCCUUCACUUAUAUUUCGUUUCAAAAUGGCGAAAAAAAUCAAAGACAUAAACAAAAGAUUAAAUGAAAUAACCCAAGAUAUAGAUAAGUUUCAGUUACAAGUUACUGCACCUAUUCCUGAUGGUGAAAGUAAUGAACAACUGGACCGACAAGUCACUUCCCAUGUUAAUGAGUCAGAAAUCGUAGGAAGGGAGUAUGAUGAAUCCCAGAUAAUAAAACUUUUAACAACAGAUCCCAAAUCAUCAUCAUCAUCACCACCACCAGUUUUUGACAAUCCUAAUCAUUCUCUUGAAAAGGUUUAUGUAAUAUCCAUAGUGGGUAUGGGAGGGCUUGGGAAGUCAACACUUGCACAACUCGUUUACAAAAACGAGGUGGUAAAGAAACUGUUUGAGCCAACAAUGUGGGUUCAUGUAUCUGAAAUUUUUGAUAUUGAAAUCCUCUUAGUAAAAAUAAUGGAGUCUAUUACUCAAACUAAGUUCCAUAGGGUUUCAAAUUUCUGUGUGCUAGUAAAUAUAGUCCGAGAACAUUUAGAUGGGAAGAAAUAUUUGUUAGUACUGGACGAUUUAUGGAAUGAUGAUUCCGAGCAAUGGGAGUGCCUCAAGUCUGUGUUGCUUGUUGGUGCUCCAGGGAGUAAAAUACUGAUCACCACACGUAAUGACCGAGUUGCAUCUAUUGUUAGGGGAAGUAUUCCUCCUUACAAUUUGAGUCAAUUGCAAGAUGAUGCAUGUUGGUCUAUCAUCAAGCAAAGAGCCUUUUCUCCUGGUGGAGCAUUAAUUUCUCCAGAAAUGUCAGACAUAGGAAAAGAAAUAUCAAAAAAAUGCUGUGGUUUACCACUCGCAGCAAAAUUUCUUGGAAGUCUAAUGCACUUAAAAAAGAAAGGAAGUGAUUGGAUAUCGAUUAGAGAUGAUGAUAUUUGGAGUACUCCAGAAAGCAAAAGAAAGAUCUUACCUGUAUUAAAAUUGAGCUAUAAUAACUUGUCAUCUCAACUAAAGCAAUGUUUCUCUUAUUGCUCAAUCUUUCCCAAGAAUUGGGAGAUUAGCAAAGAAAUUUUGGUUCAUCUUUGGAUGGCAGAAGGAUUUGUCAAACAAUCUAAUAUAAAAAACAAAAGAUCCGCUGAAGACAUUGGACGUAAUUACUUCGAAAGUCUAGCGUGGAGCUCCUUUUUUCAUAAUUUCAAGAAGAACGAAUUAGGCGACAUCGAGACGUGCAAAAUGCACGAUCUUGUGCAUGAUCUUGCCGAAGAAGUUGGUGGGGAAAAUGAAUUGGCAGCUCUCAAGGCAAGUGAGUUUACAGAUGUUUCUAAAGUUCGUCGGUUGAGGUUAGAAUUAGAUGAAGAUAUAUCAAAAACAUUUCUGAAGAAGUUAAGUAACGCCAAGAAGUUGCGUACAAUAUUCGCCCCCGAAGGUUCUAACGUGGAUCCUCUUAUAUUUUCAAGAAAUAACAACUUACGUGUGCUUCAUGCGGGUCUUUCACCAAAUUUCUCUUUUCCAAAGUUGUCUUCUUUGAGUCUCAAUCUGAGACAUUUAAGGUACCUUCGCCUUAACUCUCUUGAUAUGAGGGAUGUAUCGAAUGGUCAGUCCAUUGGUAAACUUUAUAAUUUGGAGACGUUGGUAUUUACCAACUUCUAUGGUGUUCAAAAUCUGCUUACAAACAUUCAUUCUUUACAAAAAUUAAGAUAUCUUGAAGUCUCGUGGACGGUUAUGGAAGAGUUACCUGAUUCUGUCACAAGUCUUUGUAAUUUGCAAACGUUGGAUCUCAACAACUGCGAAUUAAAAGUCAUUCCUGAAUCCAUCUGUGGUUUGAAAAAUCUAACAUCUCUAAAUUUAUCUUUCAACCCUUUCGAAGAAUUACCCGUUUCUAUCAUCACCCUCUCCAGUUUGCAAACAUUAGAUGUCAACACCUGCAAAAAUUUAAAAGUCUUACCUGAGUUUGUGUCAGAUCUUUCCAAUUUGCAGAUAUUUGAUUUCAGAAACUGCCCAUUGUUAAAAGCAUUACCCAUAGAUUUUGGAUCAUUAACUCAGUUAAGGUCUCUUGACCUAGAAGGUACUGAAAUGACAGUGUUACCAGAGCCAUGUUCUAAUCUUGAAAAUCUUGAGUUUGUGAAUCUUUCCCUUUGUGAGUCUCCCAAAGAUGUAAAGAAUUGGGAAAAAGUUAGAAAAUUUUAUCACAAUCCGCUGGGAAACCCCACAAUAUUGGGCAUAGGAAAACUAGUUUGCCUUGAAGAGUUGUAUUACAUGGUUCCAGAAAAACAACCUGAAUGUAACGUUGGUAUUCAAGACUUGGGAAACCUAAACAUGCUCGAGACGCUAGGCAUUUGGGGUCUUCAGAACGUGAAAGACAGAAUGGAUGCUGAAAGGGCAAAUUUGAAAGGAAAACAGAAUCUUCUUGGAUUGGCACUAUUCUGGGAUGAAAUAGAAGAAGAUCCGCUGCAGAUGACGUGUAAUGAUCUCCAAGUAUUUGAAGCUCUACAACCUCCCAUUGGUUUGGUGUCCUUGAGAAUAGAGAACUUCAUCGGUUCGGAGCUUCCGACGUGGAUGUGUGUUCCAUCUGGUUUCCCAAGUUUGGAUACGUUAGUACUUCAAAACUGCAAAGGAAUUAAACAACUUCCAGCAGCUAUUGGUCAGCUCCCGCGUCUUUUGCAACUUACUCUGGGAGGAAUAUCUUUGAAGAGAUUGGAUAUAGGUGGAUUUUGUUCGUUAAUUUGGCUCGAUCUUGCUGAUAUGUUCCUUCUAGAAGAGUUGUGUGAUCCCUAUCCGUGUCUUGAGAUUUUGGUUAUUAAUGGCUGCAAAAGUUUGUCCAGAAUCCCUUGGUUUCCUUGUUUGAAACAGUUGCAGGUGGAGAACAUCAAUCUCAAGUUAGUCAGCUCAAUUUGUAGAAGCCAUACCUCUCUCACGAAGGUUCUUUUAAACAGGAUAGAGGAGCUUAUAUUCUUCCCAGCAAGCAUACUCCGACACAACUGUAAUCUUCAAGAACUGAAAAUCGAGGAGUGCAAUCAGUUUCAGGGAUUUCUAGUAAAGGAUGAUGAGAACGAGUCUCCUAACUUCCAUACUGCUUCUCUUCAAAGAUUGGUUUUGUUGGAAUGCCCGGUUCUUAAGUUUCUUCCAGAUUUACCAAGAUGGACUUUUCUAAAGGGAUUAACCAUUUUCAAUUGUCCCUACGUGAAGGAGUCCUUGACCUAUGAUCUCAAAUCCCUCACUUUUCUUCAAUACAUGUGGGUUGAUUUUAUUCAAAGAGACGAGCAACGAGGAGAUCCAUCUGUUUAUCACGAUAUGAUCAAUUUGAUGAAUAAGUAGCAGCGUUGGCUAACAAACUCGAAUUUCUCCAACAGAUUGGAGAGGAAGGGUAGCUCCGAAAGACUUCGGGAAUUAGUUGAAGCUGAAGAAGCUACUGCCUCGACUUCAACUUCAACUCCUUCG